GAUUACAGGCCCACUCAGGCACCUCCGACUGUUCUUCGCCUGCUCUCCGUCGGUAACUCGCCACCGCCCGCUCCCCGCCAGAGAUGAGAACGGGCUCGUUCCGGCAGUCUUCCGACCCCGGAGAAAAAAGACCGCCAAACCAACGGCGAGCAGCAAUCCCCCGGCUUGGAAAUGCCGAAAGGAAAGCUCCGACCAGCUUACCGCAACGCGACGAAGCGCCCUGAGGGGUUGGAGCGAGGAAGCCGCCCUUUCCCGGUUGCUGCCGCGCUUGUGGGCGACGGCGGCUCGCGAAGGCCAAACUUAAUGCAGGGACGAGCAGCGCGCUGCUGCGUCUCUCUUCCGCCUCAGGAAGAUCGUGGGCGGGGAUCAGCAGGCCUCUAAAGCAGUGCGGAAUGGACCGGGAGCGGGGCGAUAGCAGCCUCACUUUGCGUGGUCUCCGGAACUGCUCCCACGAGAAGAUAAAGCUGCGAAAGAGAAAGUCUACCUUGUACUUCAGCACCCAGGAGAAGAGCGCCAGGCGCCCGGGGGAUCUUCUUGGAGAAAACAUUUAUCUGCUGUUGUUUACCAUAGCUUUACGAAUAUUAAACUGCUUUUUAGUGCAGACAAGUUUUGUUCCAGAUGAAUACUGGCAGUCUCUUGAAGUUGCACAUCACAUGGUUUUCAAUUAUGGUUAUUUGACUUGGGAAUGGACAGAGAGAUUGAGGGGUUACACUUACCCCUUAAUCUUUGCAAGCAUUUACAAAAUUCUUCAUCUUUUAGGGAAAGAUACUGUUCAGUUGCUGAUUUGGAUUCCUAGACUUGCCCAAGCACUUCUGUCUGCUGUAGCAGAUGUGAGACUUUACUCAUUAAUGAAGCAACUAGAAAAUCAGGAAAUGGCAAGAUGGGUGUUUUUUUGCCAGUUGUGCUCCUGGUUCACAUGGUAUUGCUGUACCAGAACCCUUACAAACACCAUGGAAACUGUUCUCACUAUAAUUGCUCUUUUCUACUAUCCUUUGGAAGGCUCAAAGUCUAUGAACAGUGUCAAGUACUCAUCCCUAGUGGCACUUGCCUUCAUAAUUCGUCCCACAGCUGUCAUUCCAUGGACACCUUUGCUCUUCAGACAUUUCUGUCAAGAACCAAGAAAGCUUGAUCUUAUUCUACAUCAUUUUUUACCUGUAGGCUCUGUUACUUUGAGUUUGUCUCUGAUGAUUGAUCGUAUUUUUUUUGGCCAAUGGACUCUGGUUCAAUUUAAUUUUUUGAAAUUUAACGUGCUGCAGAACUUGGGAACAUUUUACGGUUCUCAUCCAUGGCACUGGUACUUCAGUCAAGGAUUUCCAGUUAUCUUGGGUACUCACCUACCCUUCUUUAUUCAUGGCUGCUUUCUAGCACCGAAGAGAUACCGGAUACUGUUGGUGACUGUGCUGUGGACACUGCUUGUUUAUAGCAUGUUGAGCCACAAAGAAUUCAGGUUUAUUUAUCCAGUUUUACCAUUCUGUAUGGUGUUCUGUGGAUACUCACUAACCCACCUGAAAACAUGGAAGAAACCAGCUCUAAGUUUCCUGUUUUUAUCAAAUUUGUUCCUCGCCCUUUAUACUGGUUUAGUUCAUCAACGAGGUACUCUUGAUGUCAUGAGUCAUAUUCAAAAAGUUUGUUACAACAAUCCCAGUAAACCUUCAGCUUCAGUAUUUGUAAUGAUGCCUUGCCACUCUACUCCUUAUUACAGUCAUGUUCACUGCCCACUUCCAAUGAGAUUUCUCCAAUGCCCCCCAGACCUGACUGGAAAAAGUCAGUAUCUUGAUGAAGCUGAUAUAUUUUACCUAAAUCCCUUAAACUGGUUACAAAGAGAGUUUCAUGACGAUGCAUCAUUACCUACUCACUUGAUCAUCUUCAGCAUUUUGGAGGAGGAAAUAAGUGCUUUCCUAACAUCAAGCAGUUAUAACAGAACUGCUGUUUUCUUCCACACUCACUUGCCGGAGGGUCGAAUUGGAAGUCAUGUAUAUGUCUAUGAACGGAAGUUAAAAGGGAAAUUCAACAAGAUGAAAUUCUGAACUUUCUGAGAUAAACUAACAUUGCUGGGUGGAAAUACUCAGAUGCUGCUUAAAUAUUUCAGUAAACACUGGGUAAGAUUCAUGGAACUUAUGAAAAACUAUAUGAACUGCUUUACCAAAUAUCACUACUGAGGAAAUGUAUAAAAUACCAUGUAGUAGAAAAUCACGUUAAUACAAUGCCAGAUUUUAAAUAAAGACCUUCAGUUUUC